ACCACAACACCCAAAAACACAGCUAGUGAAAGAACCCACUGGCUUUUUGUAAAUAUAUAUAUAUUUUUUGAUCAUUUUACUUUUUACUACACAUGCAUGGCUGCUUAGUUCCUGCAACUUCUGGAACUUUUGCAGUUGAGGAAAAGGGGAGAGAGUCCCAAGACUUUGGGAAGAUGGAGCACUUUUUAGGGAAGAGGACAAUACCCUUAGUGGCUUUUUUACUCCUGCACUUCACUGCCACUCAUGCAGCUCAUUCCAUUGACGUUCUGCAAGUGCUGGAGCUGUCUGAGAAGAUGGAGGGAGUGUCCGUGCAUGCUGGUCUCUGCAGCAGCCGGACGGGAGCGCUGGGAACCCAGCAGGCCUUCAAAAUAGACCGGAAGAUUCAACUCAGCGCUCCCACCAAGCAGCUUUUCCCUGAUUCCAAAUUCCCUGCAGAGUUCUCCCUGAUGGCCACCGUGCGCGCCCAAAAGGGUUUGCGGUUUUUCCUGCUGUCGGUGUACGACGAGCAGGGGGUGCAGCAGCUGGGACUCGAAGUGGGCCCUUCGCCCGUUUUCCUGUUCAAGGACCAGACCAGGCACCCCACGCCCGACAUGUACCCCACCUUCAAGGGUGUCGACCUGUCUGAUGGAGGAUGGCACAGGAUAGCCUACAGAGUUCAGGGUGAGUCCGUCACCCUCUUUUUGGACUGUCGGGAGGUGGACACCCAAAAGCUGCCGCCAGGAGGCGGGGCCAUCAUAAGCACGGAGGGCAUCACCGUGUUCGGAUCCCGACUGGCGGACCAAGGUGCAUUUCAGGGAGAAAUCCAACAACUGCUGAUUCAUGAGGACCCUGAGGCGGCUGCCACUUACUGUGCCAACUACAUGCCGGACUGCCACUCAGAUCUGCCCGACAACAGCCGAGACCUGGACCUGCUGGAGGGGAGUGACCAGCUAGAGGAACCGGCCAAAAAGGACCGGAAGGGCAAGAAGCACAGACAGAAAGGUGACAAGGGCUCUAAGGGUAAAGGUAAACGGAAGGGAAAAGGAAAGGGCAAAGGCAAGAAGGGAUCCAGGAAGAAGAAACACCAGGAGGAGGGAAGUUUGGAGGACAGCUUCAUUAGAGUCUCCUCCACAAUGCUGCCCAACUACCUGCCCCAACAAUCCUUUUUGGACUUGGAAAGUAGUCUAGGAACUGUCAUCCCCACAAUGAUCUACAAGGACGAGACCUUCGUGGAGAUGCCUCAACAUCAGCCCUCGACCGAAGCCCCCUCACCAAGAACCUUUGAGGAGGAGAAGUCGGUGAAGGACCCCAAGGUGGAAUACGGCGAUGACCUUUACGGCCAUCUCUCUGUUUCCAUAGUAACAGCCGGCACAAAUAUCACAGAAUCUGAGGUCCUGGAACAUGACGACUACAACUACAACUACAACAACAACAACGACACCAAGUUCGAGUACGAAGACUAUGACGUAUACGGGGAAGGAGGCUACGACUUUGCCGAGCGAGAACGGGCGGCGACGUGGGAAGGAAAGGCAAGGCACCCCGCUGAGAAAGGACAGAAAGGCGAGCCGGCUAUAUUUGGAGCGGGUACAGUCGUGGAAGGACCACCAGGCCUACCAGGACCAGAGGGACUUCCUGGUCCGGCCGGACCAGCGGGCCCCCCGGGGCCCUUCGGAGAUCCUGGUGAAGUGGGUCCAACAGGACGCCCUGGUCUCUCCGGGGUUGACGGUGUUCCGGGUCCACCAGGAACCUUGCUGAUGCUCCCAUUCCACUAUGGAGGUGAUUCCCAAAAGGGGCCAGUGGUGUCCCCCCAGGAGGCCCAAGCACAAGCCAUCAUACAGCAAGCCCAGCUGUCCAUGAAGGGACCCCCAGGUCCCCUGGGUCUUACGGGGAGAUCAGGCCCGCUGGGUGCUCCUGGCCCCGCCGGCCACAAAGGAGACAUAGGGGACCCCGGCCCUCCGGGCCCUCAAGGGUUGCCAGGAACCCAAGGGAGUAAUGGAAAGGCAGGAAAGAGGGGGCGUGCUGGAACUGAUGGCGGGCGUGGAAUUCCAGGUGAAACGGGCACUAAGGGUGACCGAGGUUUCGACGGCCUGCCAGGACUGCCAGGCAUCCAAGGACAUAAGGGGGAGCGGGGGAAGCCCGGUCCUCACGGGCCUGUCGGAGACUCAGGAGAGAAGGGAUCAGACGGACCCGUCGGGCCAAGCGGACAACCUGGCGAACCUGGUCCUCGGGGUCUUGUCGGCCCGAGGGGGCCACCGGGACCGCAUGGCCAACCGGGAAUCACCGGAACAGAUGGAGUGCAAGGGUCAAAGGGUAACCUGGGACCACCGGGAGAAGUAGGACCCCCGGGACAACAGGGAAAUCCUGGACCACAGGGAUUGCCCGGUUCCCAGGGGCCCAUUGGGUUCCCAGGAGAGAAGGGGGUCCAAGGGAAGCAGGGUAUGCAAGGACUACCAGGCAUUGAUGGCCCCUCUGGUCACCCAGGAAGAGAGGGGCCCCCAGGAGACAAAGGCACCCAAGGUUUACUUGGCGCCCAGGGUCCUAUUGGGUACCCGGGGACCCGUGGAGUCAAGGGAGCAGAUGGUGUUAGAGGUCUUAAGGGCGGCAGAGGAGAGAAGGGAGAAGAUGGCUUUCCUGGCUUCAAAGGUGACAUGGGCCUCAAGGGAGACCGGGGGGAUAAUGGGGCUACGGGUGCUCGUGGAGAGGAUGGGCCGGAGGGUCCAAAGGGCCAAGGAGGAGCCAUGGGUGAUACAGGAGCUGCUGGGAUUGCUGGCGAGAAGGGUCACCUUGGAGUGCCAGGACUUCCUGGAUACCCGGGACGUCUAGGAUCUAAGGGAUCAGUUGGCUUCCUGGGUACGGGCGGAGCCCCCGGAGAGAAAGGACGAAGGGGUCCAGCUGGCCAGGCAGGAUCCGGAGGUCAAAGAGGUCCUAAUGGUGCCAGAGGAGGAAGAGGAGCGAGAGGUCCCACUGGGAAGCCUGGAGAUAAGGGUUCAGCUGGACAAGAUGGUACUCAAGGAUCCCCCGGAGAACAGGGUCCCCAAGGGCCACAGGGAAUGCAUGGAGAAACAGGAUUAAAAGGCCCACCUGGUCCGCCUGGUAAAGAUGGAAUACCUGGUCAUCCUGGCCAAAGAGGAGAGCCAGGCUUCCAAGGCAAAAACGGCCUUCCAGGCCCACCAGGUGUUGUCGGACCACAGGGAAAAUCUGGUGAAACCGGACCCACUGGGGACAGGGGCCAUCCGGGCUCGCCAGGACCCCCUGGUGAGCAAGGACUACCUGGAUCGGCCGGAAAGGAGGGAGCCAAGGGUGACCCAGGCCCGCCGGGCGCACCUGGAAAGAGUGGCCCUGCGGGUCUCCAAGGAUUCAGAGGAAGCCGAGGGAUCCCCGGCGCGACGGGUCCUGCAGGCUUGAAAGGAGGAGAAGGUGUACCUGGUGCUCCAGGACUCAUAGGCGCCACCGGAGAGAGGGGCCCCGCUGGGCCAGCCGGUGGGAUCGGGCAGCCAGGGCGGCCCGGCAACGUGGGGCCCGCGGGGCCGAUGGGAGAGAAAGGCGAUCCGGGAGACAAGGGACCUGUGGGACCGGCCGGGCAAGACGGGGAACAAGGAUCUUUGGGGCCACCGGGGCCUGUGGGGCCACUCGGGCCUCCGGGAGAGGAUGGUGACAAGGGUGAGACGGGAGGACCCGGCCAGAAGGGGAGCAAGGGAGAUAAAGGAGAAGCAGGACCCCCAGGACCUAUCGGGGCUCAAGGACCUGUGGGCCAGCCAGGAUCGCACGGGGCGGACGGCGAGCCAGGCCCUCGCGGGCAGCAGGGAAUGAACGGGGCAAAAGGAGAUGAAGGAUUGAGGGGAUUUAAGGGAGGAAAUGGCCCAGCAGGCCUACAGGGAAUGCCAGGACUACCGGGAGAGAAAGGAGAAAGUGGGCACGUUGGCUCAAUGGGACCUCCAGGACAGCACGGCCCCAGGGGACCCCAGGGGCCGAUUGGUGCAGAGGGCGCGGCGGGAUUGUCUGGUGGAGUUGGUCAGCCAGGACUUGUUGGAGAAAAGGGUGAGGACGGUGAGGCUGGAGACCCAGGGUCCGUUGGAGAGACCGGCACUGCUGGCGUUAAAGGAGACGUGGGAGAGAAGGGGGACUCUGGACCUUCUGGUACAGCCGGACCUCCAGGAAUUAGAGGAACACCAGGAGACGAUGGACCUAAGGGCAAUCUUGGUCCGAAUGGAUUCCCAGGAGACGUGGGGCCCCGUGGAGAAGCUGGUGUUAGUGGUGAAGAUGGUGGACCAGGACCUAAGGGUGAUCAUGGAGAACCUGGCAAAGCUGGACCCCCUGGAGCUUCCGGAGAGCCAGGUCCUGCAGGACCUCCUGGACGCAGAGGACACGUGGGUGCUGCAGGAAGUGAAGGGAAGCAAGGAAAGAAAGGCGACAAGGGAGAAACCGGCACUCUGGGUCCAGUGGGCCGGACAGGCCCUGUGGGACCACAAGGACAGCCAGGGAGGCCUGGACAAGAGGGCUUUCGAGGAAUCCCAGGCCCUGCGGGUGAGCAAGGCUUAACUGGUGAGCCAGGAAAAACCGGACCACCUGGACCACUGGGACCACCGGGACUCCCUGGAUUUAAAGGGGAUACUGGAAUACAGGGAGAAAAAGGUCACGGCGGGUUGCUUGGCCUCGUCGGCUCCCCGGGAGACCUUGGAGAGAAAGGUGACCGCGGCCUGCCUGGAAGCAAUGGUGCACCGGGGCCUAAAGGAGAUGAGGGAGGUUCCGGCACACCUGGCCCCAUUGGUCCACCGGGACCACCUGGCCUGUCGGGUGCAGGUGGAGAGAAAGGAUCCAAGGGAGACACGGGCACCGUUGGUCCCAGAGGUGAUCCAGGCCGUGCUGGCCCCCCAGGACCCCCAGGACGCGCUGCCACUGCGGUCCAACCGCUGCCUCUCAGGGAGGGCAGGAAGAAGAAAAGACGCAACCUCAAUGGAGGCCACGAAGUGGAGAUCAACAUGGAAGACUUCCUUCAAGCUGACCAGCCUCAAGGAGAAGGAGAAGACGGCAUGGAGGAAGUGUUUGCCACACUCUCCUCCAUGAAAACCGAGGUGGAGCUCAUGAGGAGGCCGCUGGGGACAUUCGAGAGCCCCGCAAGGACUUGCAAGGAGCUGAUGAUGGUUCAACCCCACUUCAAAGAUGGAGACUACUGGAUUGACCCCAACCAAGGAUGCAACCGGGACGCCGUCAAGGUGCACUGCAACUUCACAGCUGGAGGAGACACAUGCCUGGAUCCUGACAAGAAGAUUGAAACGGUGAAGCUGGCUGCCUGGAGCAAGGAGAAGCCAGGAAGUUGGUACAGUGGAUACAGGAAAGGCAAACAGUUCUCCUACAACGACGUGGAUGGCAACCCCGUACACGUGGUCCAGCUGACCUUCCUCAAGCUGCUGAGCGCCACGGCCAAGCAGCACUUCACCUACACCUGCCAGAACUCUGCGGGCUGGUUCGACAGCUCAUCGGGCUCUCAUCGCCACGCCGUGCGCUUCCGGGCCAGCAAUGAGCAGGUGCUGACCCAGGCCAACAGCUCCUUCAUCCACGCCCUCCAUGAUGGAUGCCAGUCCCGCAAAGGUCACGCCAGCACGCUGCUGCAGGUGGACGCCCCCUCCGCCGAGCUGCUGCCCGUCACCGACGUGUCCGCCAGCGACUUCGGCGGCAGCAACCAGAAGUUCGGCUUCCAAGUGGGCCGCGUCUGCUUCACCGGCUAACAUCCAGCCUGGUUAGACCACACCCGAAACCACUGAACACUGCACAAGAGCAAUAUUUAUUAUUAGAUGUUUAUUAUUUAAGACUUAGGACAUGGAGAGGAGCAGGAGGGCAAGUGCCAUGUUGCCUAGUAACCACAGGUCAUGAUGGAUGUGUCCUUUGCUGCCAUGAGGAGUCCCAAGUACUGUAUUUACACACUCCCAUUACAGCCAGGACAGGAUAUUCUCCUUUAUAGCAAGAGCAGCUCCUCUUUUUCUCUAUUAUUCAUAUGUUGAAAUAUGAACCUUUGCGUUGCUCUUCCACGGUGCUAUUUUGAUUUUAUUUGGGGGGGGGGGUAUUUUGAGUGUUUGUGUGCGUGUGGACCAUAGGACACACUCCAGUUGUGGCUUCUUGAAACUGAAGCUAAUGUUUAUGGCACUAAAUGACCACACUUGUUUCAAAAUA